CCUGCCACGACAGUAUGCGGUGGCACACAGUUAGUUCGUUGUUGCCGUCCGUUGUGUUUGCUGUGGUCUGCCAAUCUCGCCGGGUCGACAAGAUGACGAGUCCGAAUGAAAUAAGAGACAUAUGGAGAACUGCGGAUGCUGUAACAUUGGAUGUAGAUUCCACUGUUAUAAUCGAGGAAGCUAUCGAUGAACUAGCUAGUUUCUGUGGGAAAGGAAAACAAAUCACUGAAUUAACAAAACAGGCUAUGCAAGGUGAUAUGACAUUUCAACAAUCCUUAUCUAUAAGACUGGGAAUCAUAAAUCCAAGUUUAACACAAGUUAAGGAUUUUUUAAGUACACAUCAGCCAUCACUUACCACUGGUAUCAAAGAGUUAGUGUCUACUUUACAAGCUCGUGGAAAGCAAGUGUUUCUUGUCUCUGGUGGUUUCCGCUGUCUUAUUACACCAGUUGCUGCCAAACUUAACAUUCCACCUGAGAAUAUUUAUGCUAAUAAAUUAAAAUUUUAUUUCACGGGAGAGUAUGCUGGCUUUGAUGAAACUCAACCAACUUCUAAAAGCGGUGGUAAAGGAGAAGUAAUACGGCAUCUUAAAGAGGAAAAAGGAUUCAAGAUUGUCGUACAUGUCGGUGAUGGCUCCACAGAUUUAGAAGCAUCACCGCCAGCGGACGCAUUUAUAGGAUUUGGAGGAAAUGUAAUUAGGGAAAAUGUAAAAUCACGCGCUCAAUGGUUUGUUACAAACUUUGAUGAUCUCGCGAAAUGUUUAUAGAUGCAAAAUAUUUUUCUAAAAAUAUAAGAAUUAAAUUCUUUUGAUAUUAGUCAAAAUAAAAAAUUACAUUAUUCACACGAAAUAAAGACGAUUGUGAUCGAUUAAACAAUAAUUUUAUAAAAAUGAUAUAAGAAUUAAAUGAUAGGAAUUAAUGCACACUUUCAAUAAUUGUAGGCAAUGUUCAUAAAUGUUCAUAAAUAACACAUUUUAUUCUACACAGUACAUGAAAUAUACAAUUAUCUUUUUGCAGUGAUUUCUAAAAUCAUCUGUGCCAUCUAUGUAUAACAUUUUAUAUCAACCAGUAAUUAUUAAUAUUACACUGUCGUAACUCUAAACUUGUUUAUAACCUGUACAUAAUUACAUCGCAAAUGUAUACAAAAUUGCUUUUUUACUUGCCUAUUUUUAUUGUGACAAAUCGAAUGUCGGCGAGUGGUAAAAUUCCGAUGAAAUAACAUAUGAUAAAACACGAUAAUAUAUAAAAUAUGUAUUUUUCAUUUUACGGAUUCGAAAUGAUGAUUGCCAUGAAUCUGAACUUCUUUUAGCAACUGUAAGAUUAUCAAUUGAUGUAUUUUGUAUGACCUACAA